AUGGUUGCAGAUAGCCUAGAGAAAUGGCAUGAGAAAUUGGAAGAUACUCUUUGGGCUCACAGAACUUCAAAAAGGGCAGGAGGAACUACUCCUUAUGCAUUAACAUUUGGGCAAGAUGCAUUGCUUUCUAUGGAAAUCAAUGUAAGCUUUUUGAGAAUACAUAACCAAAUUGAUAUACACGGUGAUAAGUUUAUACAUGCCAUGUGUCAAGGGAUAGAAGAUUUGGAUGUUGCCCGCAAUGAGGCCCUGAACAAGAUUCAAGAAGGAAAAAGGGCUGUUGCCCGAGCUUAUAAUAAAAGGGUAAAAUUGAAGUCUUUUGAAGAGGGAGAGUUGGUGUGGAAAACAGUUCUACCAUUAGGAGCACAAGUUAGAUGA